CCGGCUGCGCGCAGAACGUUCGCGCGGUUCAAGUCAGCUCUUGUUUUUUGCGCGAUUUCUACGCUGCUCUUUCGUGCUGCGAUCGUUGUAAGCGCUGGACAGCGAAGGUCGUGCCACAAAGGUUUCAGCAUCAACUUCUAUAUUUCGUGAACUUGCUCGACAAUAAAAAAAGAUCAUGGACGAGGAUUGGGGAGAUGACAAUACCACAACUCAGAAUGGCUUUGGAGGCAGCAAUUUCUCCAAGGGUAGAGGCUACACAAUAGACAAGAAUGAUGCUGAUGAAGACUGGGGGUCAAACAGCAAUGGUUUUAAUUCAAAUAAUGGUUUUGGCGGUGGUGGUGCACCUCGACGCGGUGGCCGUGGAGGUGGAAGAAGUUUUGGUCGUGGAGGACGUGGUGUUGGCCGGCGAAACUAUGAUGAUGCCGACCAGAACGGUUUCGGUGGUCGAAGUGGCGGCGGCGGCGACGAUUGGGGUGAUAAUAGAAGUAAUGGCUUCGAAAAUAAUGACGAUGAUGGCGCCUUUAGGGGCGGUAGAGGUCGUGGACGCGGCCGUGGCUUUGGUGGAGACCGAGGUGACAGACGUGGUGGCCGUGGAGGUCGUGGCGGCGGUCGCGAUGGUUUCGGAGGCGGAGAUGGUUUUGGCGAUGAAUUCGCCGAAGGCGGUGGUGAAGGAGAAGAAAAGAAACCACCUCGUUCGACAUAUAUUCCGGAAGAAGCAAACGAUGCUGAAUUACAGGACACUGGCAUAACUAGCGGCAUAAACUUUGAUAAAUAUAAAGAUAUUCCUGUUAAUACGUCCGGUGAGAACGUGCCACCUGCCAUAAUGUCAUUCGAUGAAGCCGGAUUCCGUGAAGUUGUGCGGAAGAAUGUCACAGUAGCUGGUUACACCAAAUUAACACCAAUCCAACAGUAUUCUAUUCCGAUCAUCAUGGCCGGGCGAGAUCUCAUGGCGUGCGCCCAAACUGGUUCCGGCAAGACUGCCGCGUUCUUACUGCCCAUUAUUAAUAGUCUUCUAGAGAACCAACGCGAUCUCUUGGUGGAAGGCAACUGUAUCACACCACAUUGCGUCAUCAUCUCACCGACGCGCGAACUUACUACUCAGAUCUAUGAUCAAGCUCGUAAAUUUGCCCGCACGAGCAUCAUUAAAAUCUGCCAGGUUUACGGCGGGACGCAGGUGUUCCAUCAACGCAACAAAUUAGUUGGCGGUUGUCACAUUCUAGUUGCUACGCCCGGUCGUCUGCUCGCAUUUGUGCGCGACGGAUUGAUCAAUUUCUCAGCGACACGUUUUGUUGUCUUGGAUGAGGCUGAUCGAAUGCUUGAUAUGGGUUUUCUGCCUGAUGUCGAGACGGUGAUGAGGCACCCGACAAUGAACAGUGGCAACCGCCAAACUUUAAUGUAUUCGGCCACGUUCCCCGAAGAGGUGCAAACGUGCGCCGGUCAGUAUCUCAACAAUUAUAUCUUUGUCAGUAUUGGUAUCGUAGGAGGCGCGUGCGCUGACAUCGAGCAGACUUUUAUUCAAGUCGAGCGUUUUAAGAAACGCGAAGUGCUUCUAGAGUUGCUCAACGAGCACGGCACGAAAGGCACGGUGAUUUUCGUCGAUACAAAGCGCAAUGCUGAUUUUCUCGCUGUGAAUUUGAGUGAGAAUCAAAUGCCGACAACAAGUAUUCACGGUGAUCGUCCACAACAAGAGCGCGAAGCAGCACUGCGCGACUUUCGCUCCGGUCGGAAGCACAUCCUGGUAGCGACCGAGGUCGCAGCACGCGGUUUAGAUAUCAAGAACAUUAUCCACGUUAUAAACUACGAUAUGCCAAAGGAUAUCAAUCAGUACGUACACCGGAUUGGUCGUACCGGGCGCGUGGGCAAUCGCGGCAAAGCUACGACAUUUUUCGAGUCCAGCGACGAUUCGGCUAUGGCAAAGCCGUUAUCGCUUAUUUUGAAAAGUGCAGGCCAGCCAGUUCCGGACUUUAUUGCUGCCGCUGCUUCGGGUUAUGGAGGCUAUGGCGGUGGUGAUGGUAAUUCCGGCUUUGGUGGCACAGAUAUUCGCGACGGCUUGGGUGAAGCCACUCAACAUGAAGAGGUGGAAGAGGUCUGGUAGAUUAUAGGCACCGAAACAAUAUUUGCGUUUCUCCGUUUGAUUUUUAAUACUUGUUCUUUAUUCCUAAGGUCUCAUGGGUUUUAACAUGAUGACAUAUAUUUUCCAGUUAGCAUUUAAAGUGUUUUAAACUCUAGACUUCUAGAGCGUUAUAUUUUUGACCAGUUUAUUGUUUUAAGAAUGUAUUUUUGUUGUUUGCAAGACUGAAGGUGAAGUUGAACUUAAGUUGGUAAGAUAUGAGAGGUGGAUUGUUGGAAAAUUUGAUGAUUGUUAACCAAACGAAGAUUGCAUACGGUGUGUUUUUUAAUAUGAGAGAAGAGAUAUAUUUUCAAUAAUAUGAUUCCGAAAUUUGAUAUACCAAAUUAGCAAUGUUACAAUUAAAUUUUUUUAUAAUA